GCCGCCCCCUGGGCGGCCAAUGGGAGUGGGGCGGCACCGCCCCCGGACUCGGACCCCGCCCCCGGGCGGGCAGGGGGCGCGGGGCCGCCGCGACGGGCGCGGGGCCGGGAUCGGGAUCGGGAUCGGGAUCGGGAUCGGGAUCGGGACCGGGACCGACCGCAGCAUGGGGGGGUGGCGGGACAUGCCCACGGAGGCGCUGGAGGAGCAGUACUCCCCCAGCCGCUGGUCCCCCCGCCUGGGCAGGGACACCGUCAUCCAGGCCCACCUCGCGGCGACGGCGGCAGGAACGCAGCGGGCCCGGGCCGGCGCGCAGACCUCGCUGCACGUCCCCUACGGCAACGGCGACGGCGAGAAGCUGGACAUCUAUUUUCCUGCGGAUCCUUCUGGAACCUUCCCGGUCCUGGUCUACAUCCAUGGCGGAUACUGGCAGUGCCUGAGUAAAGACGAGUCAGGAUUCGCAGCCCCCCCGCUGGUGUCGCAGGGCGUGGCGGUGGUGGCAGUGGGUUACGACACAGCCCCCAAAGGCCACAUGGACGCCAUGGUGCUGCAGGUGCGGCGCAGCCUCGCCUUCCUGGUGGAGCGGUACUCUGGGAUCAGAGGCAUUUACCUGUGUGGACACUCAGCAGGGGCCCACUUGGCAGCCAUGGUGUUGUCCACGGACUGGACAGAAUACGGAGUGGUGCCAGAUAUCAAAGGAGCUGUGCUGGUGAGCGGCGUGUAUGACCUCGAGCCCAUCCUGCACACCUACGUGAAUGAUGCGCUGAACAUGAGCCGGGAGGUUGCCCAGAGGAACAGCCCCAUGCUGUGCAUCUCCCCAGCAGCGCCUGCGGCUGCGGCCUGCGAGGUGCUCGUGGCUGUGGCCCAGCACGACUCCCCGGAGUUUCGCAGGCAGUCGCAGGAGUACAGCCAGGCCCUGCGUGCAGCCGGCUGGUCCGUCUCCCUGCUGGAUCUUUCUGGCGUGGAUCACUUUGACAUCAUUGAGAAGCUGUCGGAGGACAGCUAUGUCCUCACUCAGGUGAUUCUGAACAUGAUUUCAAGAGCUUGAUGGCAUGUCGGGAGCAAACUGAGUCAGGAACCGCAGCCCGGCAUGCACCCUGCCCUGCUGCCCUCCUCGCUCCAGCUGCCUGGGUCUCCUUCUGCAGCACAGGGCGGCUGCUGCCUCCGGACACCCUCUGUGCCCCCUCCGCUCCCUCCAGCCUGCAGCCAAGCAGGGGGGGCUCAGAGCAGGGGAGCACCAGUUAUUACCAGUUCUUGCCUGGGCUGGCAUUCCUUUGCUGGGGUGUUUCUGCCCCUGCAUGGGGCUGGCAGGCCUGCAGGGCUCUGUCUGGAUGACCUGGUGAUGAAGUUUGUUCCCUCGGUUUCCUUUAAACUGCUUAUUGCCAAUACAAAAUAAAAUAGGAAUAACUGCUGCCU